UUUUGCCUUCUGCUGGCUGCUUCGGCUGCCAAAGUCUCUGUCAACUCGAUUAUUUUAUAUUAAUUUUCGGUAUUUUUUGGACAAACUUUUAAAUGAGAAAAACCGAGAAAAUGAAGCGGCCCCACAACUCAAGCCAUGUCAAACAAGAAGAACGUGCUGAUGACAGUCAUUCCAACUCACCAGCUUCCAGUAAAAGUAUCAAACAGGAAAAUUUGCUGAAAUGCGAGCUCUGCUCCACAGUGUGCUCUUCAAUCUCUCAACUUCAAUCUCAUACCUUAAGUGAGCAUGUUCCCGAAAAAAAGCCAUCAAUCUCAACCUCAAACUCCGCCCCUUCGACUAAGCGUGUGGCGUGUCAACAGUGUGAGGACACUUUUGAGGACUUUGCACAAUUCGCGAUUCACAUGAAAUCUCAUUUAAGUUCCGUCACUUCUCAGCUGUUUUUCUGCCCGAUUUGCCCAGUUGGAACACCGUUUAGGGAUAAGAAAUCUCAACUAGAACACCUCACCACCCAACAUCUUCAAAUUCAAGUAACCCAGCACAUCUGCUCAAUAUGUGACUCGGCAUUCCCGUCACCUCAAGCUCAAUCAGUCCACUUUGCGGAAGCCCAUAAAAAGUACUCCUGUACUAAUUGUGAUUUUGAGACGGAAAAUGAGAAAACUUUCAAGGAACAUUCAAAACAACAUUCCCGGCAACUAAUCAUGUAUGGAUGUGCUCUUUGUGCAACUUCCUACCCCAGUCAACUGCAUUUAAUAACCCACGUUCAAAUGUCACAUGAUCAAGAAACCUUCUACCCACCAUCCUUACCAAUUCCAACACCUCCAUCCCCAAAAUCGACUCCAAAGCAGCGAGUCCUCCAGUGCUCCGUGUGCGAUGAAUCAGUACUGGGAGAAGACGGCCUAGAUGAGCAUCGGCUUCGCAAGCACUGCAAGGUCAGGUUUGCCGAUAAGUGUGCGGAUUGUCAGGAGCCUUUGCUGAAUGAGACUAGUUUCGUGGAGCACUGUCUCCGUCACUCAAAGGAUCAUGCGCACCACUGCCCAGUGUGUCGACAGAGUCUCCGCUCCGAUUCUCAAAUUCACGCGCAUUGUGCCUAUCAUAUGAGCCACCAGGACUCAACGUCAUCCACGUCAUCAUCGCCAAUCACUAACGGUUUCAGCUUCGUUUGUCCGAUUUGUGGAGAGAAGCUUGACGAUGGGUUCGCGUUGAUCGAGCAUACCAAAAUUCAUCUGUGAUCGUCAAGAUUCUGGUAUUUUCUGUGAUAUUUUUGUGAUAACAAUUUUAAAUUGAAAAAUAAAGACAACUUGAGGAA